GGUAACAUGAGACAGUGACCAUGUGGCCAACACUACCGUCAAGAUCCACCUACCCAAAGAGCUCCUGAUAACCAAAGAGAACGAUACCAUCAUCUUCUACAUGAUUACCUCACCUGAAAAAUAUGGACCAUCGGGACUUCUUGUUGGCCAAGUAGGAGGUCUGGCUGUGAGCAUGAAGACAGUAUUAGGUCUGCAGGACAAGAUCAACUUCUCCAUGCCUCUACAGCGCCCCACAUUGGAAAGUCAGGCUGACAAACAACCAUCUUGUCAAUGCUUUCAUUUUUCAACCAACGAGUUCUACCAGGAUGACUGCACCACAGAGUGGAAGAGAGACGAGGGCCGUGUGGUGUGCUCAUGUGACCACCUCAUAUUUUGCUGUGCUGAUGGUGUCUCCAUCACUGAAAGCGAUCAGCAGAUCCUAAGCUACAUCACUCUGAUUGGCUGCAGUCUGUCUCUGUUCUACCUGGUGGUCACAAUCUUUCUGUGCGCCACUCAAAGAGGUAUAUGCACAGACAUCUCCCUGAAGGUGCAUAUCAACCUGUCUGUGGCCCUGAUCCUCCUCAACCUACACAUCCUGCCCAGCCAGCAUUAUCCUCCUCUGGGCCAUGUAUCUAUGUUGCUGUCCUUCUUGCAUUACUCUCUACUGGCCACCUUCACAUGGACAGCAAGCGAAGGCUUCCACCUUUACCUGUUGCUGGUCCGUGUCUUCAACAUCAAUGUCAGGAGAUACCUGCUCAAACUGAGCCUGGUAGAAUGGUGUGAGAUUGCACUUUACAACCUGAAACUGGCUGUAUGA